AUGUCGUGUCUCUACUUAGCGGUGCCUUGCUUCAUCGCGGCUGCAUCAGCUUUCUUCGCCGCCAUUUAUUUCACCAGUACUGCCUCGAAUCUGUCGACAGCCUCAAUCGAAGAGAAAUUUGAUAAUAAGGUGGUGGCCAAACGCGUGCGCUAUCUGCCAUCGAAGAUCCCUCUUCUGGGCAAUUCCAUUGACCUCCUCCUGAACUCGGAGCGAAUGCACGACUGGAUCGCCGGCCACCUCUUAUCGUCCCAAGGAGAUCCGUUCACCUUACGGUUACUUGGCAAAGACGACAUGAUGUUCAUUGCGAAACCGGAACAUAUCGAACAAGUGCUCAAGACGCAGUUUAGCAACUUUCCAAAGAGUCGACACAUUCACGACGUCUUUUUUGACCUGAUGGGAGAUGGCAUUGUUGUUACCAAUGGGGAGAACUGGAAGAGACAGCGACGAGUGCUUGUGAACCUUUUCAGUGCUCGCGCUCUGCGUGAACAUAUGACGCCGUUGUCCCAGAAGUACGUGGUGCAAUUGCGCAGGGUUUUUGAAGACGCAGCCGCGUCGAGAACGCCAAUUGACGCCUUUGGUCUUAUGCACUGCUAUACGCUCGACGUUUUCGCCGAGAUUGGGUUUGGGACGGAGACGAACCUGCUGCAAGGAUGCGACCGAACGCUUGCUUCUGCGAUAGAUGAGUCCCUGUACAUCGUUUCUGCGCGGUUCAAGCAGCCUGAUGCGCUCUGGAAAUUAAAGCGCUGGUUGGACGUUGGCAGUGAGAGGAAGCUGCGUCGAGCGAUCCAAGUCAUCGAUGAACACGUGAUGAGGAUCAUCUCGUGUGCCCUACAGCAUCGUCAAGAACAGGAUAAAGCUAUGAAGAAGGGUGGAGCAGUCCAGCCUAUUUACGGUAAGGAUAUUGUGUCAAUCAUUCUGGACUCGAUGGAGUCAGCAGGCGAGGUCGUCGAUCUAGUUGAGGUGCGCAACAUCGCUACCGCUGCGCUGAUUGCUGGUCGGGACACAACAGCUGAUGCAUUGGGCUGGCUGCUCCACAUACUGAGCGAGAACCCGAGUGUAGAGGCCAAGCUGCGCUCGGAAUUACUGAAGUAUCUACCCAAGCUUGCCACUGACGCAGAGUACGUGCCCUCACUUGAGGAUAUAAGUGAGGUGCACUACCUCGAGGCAACGAUCCGUGAAGUGCUGCGGCUUUAUCCUUCUGGACCGUUGAUCGCCACGCACUGCAUUCGCGACACCGUGUUUCCUGAUGGCACGUUCAUCCCAAAAAAUACGGACAUUGGUAUCGCGUUGUACACAACCGGUCGCCUUCCUAGUGUCUGGGGAGAAGACGCGUUACAUUUCAAGCCCGAGCGCUUUCUCGAUGUCAAGAGUGGCGAGGUCCUAAAGAUGUCAUCCUGCAAGUUUUGCGCGUUCAGUGCUGGCCCGCGCACCUGCGUAGGCCGAAACUUAGCGUACGUGGAGAUCAAGAUCGUGAUUGCCAACAUCAUAAGCCGCUUUCAUCUCAAGCCCGAGCCUGGCCAGAAGCCAGCUUACUCACAGGGCAUCACGCUGGGCAUGCAGACUCCGCUCAUGAUGCGUGUCGAGACCAUCGGUGUACGAGACUCAAGCUGCAAAUCGUACAGCCUGAAAAGUGCGAUUGCAGCUUAG